AUGGCACAGGAAUGGGCCAACUAUUUGGCGCACACCGACUCAUAUAAGUACCGCAACAGUGAGGGCAUUGGCGAGAAUCUGAUGUGCAAAUGGACGUGCGAAAGUAUCGUCAAGUUUUGGUACUCGGAGAUUGAGUUAUACAACUUCACCAUUGAUCCCUCCAUCAUGCAUACCCUGGCCAAUCAUUUCACACAAAUCGUAUGGAAGAGUACUGUGGAGUUUGGCAUUGGAAAGGCUCACACCCGGGGCGGCAAAUUGAUCGUGGUCGCCAAUUAUAGACCGGCCGGCAAUAUUAUCGGCGGCUUUCAUCAAAAUGUUUUGCCACUCAUUAAGGAUGACAGCAGUAAGAAGAGUGCGGACGACAACAACACCGAUGAUAUGGAUUCACUGAAUGAGACAUCCAUUCAAAGUCAAAGCCUAUUAAAUCAUUAG